AUGGGUUGGUUUUGGGCUGAUAACUCGGAGAACGUCAAACAAGCAUCUUCAGAUGUUAGUGCUGCCAAAUGUCCUGUGAACCAUGGCAAUAUCACUGAAGUUCCUGCUGUUUGUCCAAUGAAGAAAGACAAUGGUCAAACUGAUGACACUUUAAACCCUUUGAACAACAUGCCUUCUUUCAUUUCUUCUUCUAAAUUACCAGGUCAAAAAUUGGACUUACCAACAGAACGUACAUUUUCUACAAUCCCUAGAGGUGAAGAUGAAAAUGAGGGUGUAUGGGAAUAUCCAUCUCCUCAACAAAUGUUCAAUGCAAUGAUGAAGAAAGGUAAAAGUGACGGUAUCCCAGAAGAUGCAGUGGAAUCUAUGGUUGAUGUCCAUAAUUUCUUAAAUGAAGGUGCAUGGCAAGAAAUAUUGGAAUGGGAAAAACCAUAUGUUGAAGAAUACAAGAAACAACCAAGAUUAUUACAAUUCACUGGAAGACCUCAUGAUCUAUCUCCAAGAGCUAGAAUGUAUUUACAAUUGAGUAAAGUUUUCCCAGAAACUUUCAACACUGAACCUCCUUUUGAUAGACAUGAUUGGUACGUCUUGAGAGCUAAUGGUUCUGGAAGUUGGGACCAAGUUAGAUAUGUGAUUGACUAUUAUGGAGGUCCAGAUGAUCCACAUGGAAUGCCAACCUUCUUUUUAGAUGUCAGACCUGCUUUAGAUAAUCCAACUAAUGCUAAAGAUCGUAUGAGACAUUGGUUGAAACCAUAUUGGGAUAAGGCAAUGGGGAAAGAGUCUAACGACAAUUGA